AUGUAUAACGAAGGUUUUGCCGAAGACGAAGUUGACCUCUCUGACGAGGUUGAUUUACUAACUCCUAGUUAUGGUGGUGUAGAGGAUGAAUUGGACGAUGAUGAUCAAAUUCAAUUAAUGCUUCAACAGCAAUAUGCUCAAGAGAUACCCGAUGUUGUUAAAAAUUUUAUUAUAUAUUUUCACCGUAACGUUCUUGAAAAUAAUGUCUACGAAUUGCAUGGGAUAUAUGAAAAUUCAUUUAAUCGAUUAACGGAAAAGUUUUACAUGAAAGCGCCUUGGCCUGAAGCGGAUUUUAUUGCUCCAUUGGUUAAUGAUGAUUCCGAUGGUCCGGUUGCUUUGGAACUUCCAAAUCAAUGGCUUUGGGACAUUAUUGAUGAAUUUAUUUAUCAAUUUCAAUCAUUCUGCAAUUAUCGUAAUCGACUUAAAAAUAAAACUGAGGAAGAGAUUGUUUUGCUACGAGAUAAUAUUCAGGUGUGGAGUUGUUAUAGUGUGUUGAAUGUCUUAUAUUCUCUCAUAACAAAAUCUCGGAUCACCGAACAAUUGCUUGUAAGCAAACACGGAGGUGACAUGAUUGAAGCUGCGGGUGAAUAUGGAUCGCGCCCUUUAUAUAAGAUGUUGGGUUAUUUUAGUAUCAUCGGUCUCCUGCGUGUUCACUGUUUAUUAGGCGAUUAUACUUUAGCACUUAAAAUGAUGGAUAAUAUUGAAUUAAAUAAAAAAGCACUUUUCGCUCGUGUGACUGCCUGUCAUGUUACUACUUAUUAUUAUGUUGGUUUUGCGUAUAUGAUGAUGCGGCGAUAUGCUGAUGCUAUAAAGGCAUUUUCGCAUAUUCUUGUAUUUAUUGCGAGAACAAAAAUGUAUCAUACGCGGUCUUACCAAUUUGAUCAGAUUAAUAAAAAGGGUGACCAGAUGUAUGCGUUAUUAGCCAUUUGUAUUGCUCUUUGCCCGACUCGAUUAGAUGAAAAUAUACAUUCUCACUUGAGAGAAAAAUAUGGUGAACAUUUGAGCAAGAUGCAACGCGGUGAAGAAGGGCUUCAAACAUUUGAAGAUUUGUUUUUGUCGUAUCUUAAGCUAUAUACGACCAUGGGAAUUGACAAGUUGGCAGCUUUCCUUGAAAUAGAACCUGAUAAGCUAAGGACUCAGUUACUUAUUGUCAAGCAAAAAUCACGUCAGCAGAAAUGGAGUAGUGGUACAUUGCUUGAGGGAGAAUAUGUUGCAACAUCUGAUCUUGACUUCUGUUUGAAGCAGGAUAUGAUUCAUAUUGCCGAAUCUAAAGUUGGACGUCGUUAUGGUGAUUGGUUUUUACGUAAUAUAAAUAAAUUCCAAGAUAUUAUUGCUGGGAUGGAGCUUCGUGCUUGA